AUGGCAAUGUUUUCCUGUUGGCCAGCCUACAAACACAAAGACAAAACAAAGAAAGAACCACAACUAGAUGAGUUUUUAGUUGAUAUAAGGAUGGCGGGGUUGCAAUUGCAAGACCUGCAGUUUGAGAGAUCGAGGUCAUGUUCGAUGGGGCAGGAGCUGGACUCCAACGUGCAGAUGAAUCUCUUCAACCUCAGCAUCCCCUCACCUGCAACCUCACCACCACCACCACCACCACCAUCGUCGUCACCAUCAUUGCUCUCAUCCUCCUCCUCCCUACCAACGACAUCAGUGUACACUCAGUUCUCACCAGCGACCAGGGAUAAAGCGACAUGUAAUCGUUUCAGCUUGAAUAAUCCUGCCAAUGUUGAAAGUAAUCGCAGCAACAAUGUGGUCGGUAGUAGCUGCAACAAUGUGGUUGGUAGUAGCUGCAACAUUGAUGCCUGUAGUAGCAGCAACAAUGUUGAGAACAAUAACGUUUGUGAAAGUGAUUCAGCAAGCGUCGACAUAUCGCAGUGGACCAGCAAAAAACCGCCCAUCGGGUCAAAAUCAAAACAGUCCAAAAAUGUUUACGGUGACGACAUUGACACGAGCAGCAGCCACAAUAACAACGACAGCAAUAGUUUUCGCAGACUUGCUCACAACUCGCUGCGAAAAAGUAGCACACCGGCCGCAUUAUCAAUCUUCCCAACAAAUCAUGAGAACACUCGCUCUACAGGAGGCAGUAAUGGCAAUGCCGACAACGUGAAGACAAGCAAAAAGUUAACGAAAUGGAGUUUUUUCAACCGAAAACUUUCUGCAUCACCUCCCCCGCUAAAGACAUCAUCCCGUUCCAGAUCGGUGUCAAACGUCUUAGCAGGUAUGGGGCCAGCAUCGAACGCCACACGCCAGCACAACCUUUUCGGGUCGGUCCCACCAACUCCAUCUCACAGAGAAUCUCCACUUUUCAAGUUUUCAAGCCCCAUCUGUUCCAACAACAACACAGCUGAUAGGGUUCGAAGUAUCAAAUCAGCCACACUCCCGCAUGCAACUCUUGCAGGUUAUGGCACUGACGAUAGCAAAUACAGAGAAAGGGGCGAAAAAAAUGUUGUCAACGCGGCUGCAACUUCAAGUAUUUUUUCGAUGCUAUGGAGCGGUAAGAAUAAGAAGAAAGUUGCAGAGAAGCACCAACUGGAGCAACUGAAGUCUUCAUUUUUUUUAUCCCUCCCUCGACCUCCUCUCGUCCUUCUUCCUUCCCCUUCCCUUGAAACGCAGGAUUGGCUGGCUCAGUCAACUGUCAACAGUUUCAAAACUUCACCCGGAGUCGGCUGUCCGUGCAGCUCUUGCAAGAUGGCGGCCAAAUUCAAUUUCAAAUCCAAACUGGAGAUGACUAAUUAUCAAUUUCCCGUAAGAAGGGAUCGCUUAGAGAUGGAAGACAAGGUUGGCUACUACAACUCGAGACCAAUCUGGGGAACUGUGGAUGUUGGAGACAUGAACGAUGGUGACGACGAAAAUGAAGAUGACGUCAUCGACGUUAACGGCAUUGUUCUCUACUCUAAAUGUUCCAAAUCAAUGAAUAAACUAUCGACUAAACAUAACAUCAAAAGUAAAAAACAAAGAGCAAAUAAAAGUGUCCAGUGCACUUUCAACCACAAAAUCAGCAGCAGCAGCAGCAGCAACGUCACAAGCGACAGCGUCAAUAACAACUAUCCUCACAGCAUGUAUACAAACUUGAACGCGGUGAAAAAUGCAAAUAAAAAACUUUUGGCAAUGUACGUACCGUAUUUGGGCGGUUCAAAAAGUUUCAGUGAUGCAGAAGAAAUAGAAAAAUCGUCAUUAAAAUACGGCGAUUCAGCUGAAUUCUACAGCCAACCGAGGAGAAAAUGUGAGUCGCUUGAAAGUUCCAGCGAUUAUAGAAAUGUGGCUAUUCAUGGGGAUGAUAAUAACGAUGACGAAGAAGAUGACGUGAUUAAAAUGUUUAUGAACAUGAAUUACGACAGACCAUCAAACAUUAGUAAGAACUUGAAUGUAAUGGACAAUAUGAACAACACCAUAAGUUGUCCGUGUUGCGGAAACACAUUCACUUUUUAUAAAUACCCCAAAACAACCGACAUUGCAAGAAUAGGACAAGAACGGCACCAACACCACCUCCAGCACAAUCCACUUUCCUACGCCCACAACAACAACAGCCACAACAACAACAGUCCCAUCAACAACAACAAUAGCCACAUCAACAACAACAACAGCCACAUCAACAAAAACAUUCAAAACAUCAACAACAACAACAGCCACAUUAACAACAACAACAGCCACAUCAACAACAACAACAGCUACAUCAACAACAACAACAACAGCCUUAUCAACAACAACAACAACAGCCUUAUCAACAACAACAACAACAACAGCCUUAUCAACAACAACACCAGCCGCAUCAACAACAACAAUCCUUUGGUACCUGGGAUCGACCUAUUGUACAUGGUGCCUCCCCCUCAACUCUCCAACAACCAGGCUUACGAGAAUGCAAACUACCUGCUUUGGAGAGCUCAAAAACUGGAAGAUAAUUUCUACUACAAUGGCAACAGAAAUUAUGGAAGCAGUGGUUACAUCCAAUACAACACUACAAGCCAACAGAGCAACAACACCGAACCUUCAGAAAAUGGUGAUUAUUCAAACGAGAUGAAAUAUGGAAAUUCUAGCAACAGAUUUGACUUGGAUAUAACAAAAUAUGAAAUAAAAUUUGAUGAUAACAACAACAUCAUUCCCACCCCUAACAACAACAUGAGUGUUGGCUCAUACAUCGAUAAAUACGAAGCCGCAAGUAAGAAUAACUCAAACAACUCCAAUCAAAACAUCAGCAACCAGCAACACAACAAAAUCUAUAUACGACCUCGUCCAAUGGCGUCGGCAGACAAAUUCCCUUACGUCUGGUCAUCCGUGCCAGCUCACAACAACUUUAAAAACAACAACAACAACAUUAGAACUAACAAUAUCGACUUCAAAAAUAGCAUCAACAACAAUUCAAACAGCAGCAUCAAUCAGUCGUUUCUUAGGAGAGAGGUCAAGACAUUGAACAACAUAAACGCCAGCAACAACAACUUUAAUAGGUACAGCAGCAACAACUCACACCACCACAGCUGGCGUGCAACGACGACACCAGCAUCAGCCGGACGCCUCCCAACACUCAACGAAAAUGUUUCAACGUGUCUCAGAGUUGUUGAUAUUUAG